UCCUCCUAUGUGUUAGUUUUUAUUAUCAUGGCUAAACAAUACGACGUAUUGUUCCGGUUGCUGAUGCUCGGAGACUCGGGGGUCGGGAAGACAUGCAUGCUUCGUCGGUUCACAGAAAGUGACUUUGAUCCUUCACAUAUCUCCACCAUUGGAGUUGAUUUUAAAAUGAAAACACUAGAAGUAGAUGGAGUCAAGGUUCGAGUACAGAUAUGGGACACAGCUGGUCAGGAACGUUAUCAGACCAUCACCAAACAGUACUACAGGCGUGCACAGGGUAUCGUCUUUGUAUACGACAUCACAAACCAGUCCUCCUUUCAGCACCUGGCGAAGUGGGCCAGUGAUGUGGAUGAAUAUGCGCCAGAGAAGGUGCAGAUGAUCAUGGUAGGAACCAAGUCUGAUGAGGAGCGAAGGAGGAAGGUGUCAAAGGACCAAGGAAGCAAGCUAGCAGAAACCUAUGGGAUGGAGUUCUUUGAGACCAGCGCCUCCACCAACACCAACAUCGCUGAGGCCUUCACUCGUGUGACAGAACUGGUGCUACAGGCUCACAAGAGAGAUGUGGACAACUUGUUGGGAUCUCUGGAUGAUUAUCUGGAUACGGCCGCUUUGGAAGACGAGAAAGUCAGAGAAGGCACCAACGACGAGAGCGCUCAGAAGACCUGCGCCUGUUAGAAAGACAGCCAUCACAGUACCACGGCUCAUAAAGACAUUUGUUUCUCACUGUGACUUGACUCAGCCCUCCUCUGCCUUCCUCAUAGAUACUGUAACCUGUUGGCCUCCUUGAAAGUGCUCCUUUAGUUUCACUUUUUGUAAGUGGGCGAAGUGGUAAAUGCAGUUCGCAUUAGUAACCAACAGAGGGCCCAUUCUGUUCAUGAUCACUGAAGCCUGUAGCCAUUGAACAGUGUAGCUCUGCAUCCAUUUGCUCUAGCAAAACUAUCAAUGUUCUUCUUCUCCAUCAUCUUCAUUUUCCCUGGUGAAAAUGCACUUUUCAUCUACAAAUUUAUUGGUAACGUGUGGAUACAUAUCCAAGAAAUCAGCUUAUUAAGUUGCAAAUAGUAUAUAUGUUUUUACAAGAGGACAGAGUUGAAUUAUUUACACCUGGAAACUCAAACCAAGCAGGGGUGGAUUAUUUUACACAAUGGGCUUAUUUCCUCAAGGGAGACAGUGUUGUGCCAUGUUCAAUGACCUUUCUGAAUGCAGUGCGUGUUUGUUUACCAUCAUGAAUGUACAGUUUGUGUUAUGAAUGUGACUACGCUGCUUAAAAUAAUGUUUUCAGGGUCUAAUGAUAUGCCACAGAUAUAUCAUUUUUAUGUAAUGUUUGAAACUCAAGGAUGUUGGAAAAAAAUCAAGCAAUGUAUAAGUUAAUAAAUAUAAAUCGCCAUAUUUAAAACAAA